AGUCCUCGCCUUCGGAAUCUACUCCUGCGAAGCCGUUCUGGGCCACAUGGUCUAACUACUAAUGAUUCAUUGACCUAGGAGACACCUGCCCUUUUCGGGGAGCCAGAUCUAUCAUCAACCAUGGACGAGGGACCAACAUGAACCUGGGAACAUGCAUGGAAUACAUACACUCUAGGGGAGUACGAGAUGUGACGGCACGCACAUGCGCCUAGUCAAGAUGUUGGAGAUCAGCGAUCUCCCCUGAUACCAGCCCCCCACCCUCUACAUAGUAUAUAUCGCAAUUCCCGAGUCAUACCCGCGAAUCCCCCGAGCACAUCGUAUCGCCCGCCACAACAGAAGCCGUCGCGGCGCGAGCGUGUCUCGCUCCUUCGCGGGCAAUCGGCAAGAGGGGGAAGGGAACAGGGAAGGAAUACGGAGUCCAGACUGAUGGGACAUGUGCGCGCCACGACGCUACGUUUUGGCGUCCGCCGUGCCCAUACCCCGCGCGUCCGCGCGCGUGUCUGCGCGUGUGUGUUUGUAACCGUCGUCCUGCCACUCACGCGGAUGAAAGGGGAGCUCCCAGUCAGGUUCUCACACUCGCACUACGCACCGUCCGCGAGGCAUCGACGAGAGCUCUCCUGGGAGAAACGGCCAAGAGGGGAGGGACAGAAGUGUGGCAUGUUCAUGCUCGCCGCAGAACUGAAACCCUCAAGCAGCUGAGCUAUCGCGAUCCCCUUUCCACGUCCGAGAACAACGAGUCAGCCGAAACCAUAUCCCAUUACUUUCCUCCCUCCUUGCAUAACAAAGGAACUACGCCAUCCAUGCUCAUGCAAGAGAGCAAGUAAGAUAGAUAAUACAGAGUGACAAGGGAAACUCAUGCGGCUGUAGCAGUCUUUUCCUCUUCUUUCCGCCCCUUU